CACAGCACAAGAGUCUCUCUCUCUCUCUAUCUCGAUCCCUUGUAGCUCUCACGACCUCUCUGCAACGAGGGCCAGAUAUAGACAUAAAGACAAAGACAGAUAGAGAAAACUUGCUCUCUUCUUCUUUUGGGGAGAGAAAAAUCCUAAGAGAAGGAUCUAUGGAGGUCUCUGUAGACCUCUCUUCUCGAUAUUAACAGAUCUCAGUUGUGGUAGAUUUGCGUUUAUGUUGUAUUUUUUUAAUGGGUUGCCGCAAAUCAUGACGCAGAGUUGGUUUUUGAGGACAAAGUAUGGAUUGGUAAAGGCCCUUCUUGACUUAUUUGGAUUUGGUGCUGUAAAUUGGAAUUGUGUUUUUGGAGAAUGCGGGUAAUGUGGAGAUUAUUUGGGUUGGAUUGGUGUGUAAAGUGGGUGUAGCUGAUUAUAUUGGUGGGUAAAGUGGGUGUAGGGAAAGGUGUUUGCUUGGUGUAGAAAUGGCUGAUGCAGCAGGGUUAAUGGAGGCAGCUGGUACUAGAUUUAGCUCCUUGGAGUUGAUUGGGAGAGGAUCAUUCGGUGAUGUCUACAAAGCGUUUGAUAAGGAGCUUAACAAAGAAGUUGCUAUCAAAGUCAUUGAUUUGGAAGAAUCUGAGGAUGAAAUUGAGGACAUUCAGAAGGAAAUUUCAGUUCUGUCACAAUGCCGUUGUCCAUAUAUUACAGAGUACUAUGGUUCUUAUCUUAACCAAACUAAAUUAUGGAUAAUAAUGGAAUACAUGGCUGGCGGCUCAGUUGCUGAUCUCAUCCAGUCAGGUCCUCCCCUAGAUGAAAUGUCAAUUGCUUGUAUUUUGCGUGACUUGCUGCAUGCAGUUGAGUAUUUACACAAUGAAGGGAAAAUUCACAGAGAUAUUAAAGCCGCAAACAUUUUGUUGGGUGAGAAUGGCGAUGUUAAGGUUGCAGAUUUUGGUGUUUCUGCCCAAUUAACAAGAACAAUAUCUAGGAGAAAGACUUUUGUAGGAACUCCAUUCUGGAUGGCGCCAGAGGUAAUUCAAAAUUCAGAGGGAUACAAUGAGAAGGCAGAUAUUUGGUCACUGGGUAUAACUGCCAUCGAGAUGGCAAAGGGGGAACCCCCCCUUGCAGAUCUUUAUCCUAUGAAGGUCCUUUUUAUCAUACCUCGAGAAAAUCCCCCACAGCUCGAUGAGCAUUUUUCUCGUCCAAUCAAAGAAUUUGUUUCAUUGUGUUUAAAGAAAGCUCCUGCUGAGAGGCCAAGUGCUAAGGAGCUUUUGAAGCACCGUUUUAUUAAAAAUGCUAGGAAGAGCCCAAGACUUCUAGAAAGAAUAAGAGAGCGUCCAAAGUACCAAAUAAAGGAUGCAGAAACCCCCAGGAAUGGUCCAAGAGCAGUGGCACAGUCAUCCGGCACUGUGAAAGUGACCAGAGAUGUGGGAGAUGAGGGAACUGUUCGAGCCAGUGGUCAGGGAAAGCCAUUAAAAAAUGCUGGGUGGGACUUCAGUAUUGGUGGAUCACAGAGUACUGGAACCAUAAGAAGUGCUGUUCGAUCUCCUCAGGUUAGAGAAAAGAAAACAGAAAUUUCGUACAAUAAGGUUACCCCCAGACCAACGGAGAGUGGUGAUUUGUUGUCUGCAUCUGGAAAUGCCCUUGAGGAAUCCCCAGAAAUAUCAUUUGGUAAAGAUGCUAGGGGUACACAUCAUGAUGAACAUCAGGAUAAUUCUCAUGAUUACGAGGAAUUAUCAGUAAGUGGGUCAGGAACUGUUGUUAUACGGACUCCCAGAGGCUCUCAAUCAUCUACCGUGUUUCGAGAUCAAAGCAAUCUGUCCAGUAGCACAGUCGGGUCUUUUGAAGAUGCUUCUUCUAGUGGAACUGUUGUCUUCCGUGGCCAACAUCAUGAUUCUGAUUCUCCUUUGACUCCAAAGUCCAUAUUGGGAAUACAAGAGAGAACUUCAAGUGCCUCACUGGAAGACAGUGCAGUAAAUCUUGCUGAGGCAAAAGCUGCAAUGCAAGCAGGAUUACGGAAAGGCAAUGCCAGAGAAAGGUCUGCUCUAAACAAGCUCAACAAUGAUGGCCAUGAAAACAGAAGAAGAGAGCAAAUGACAAACACUUCUGAUUCGUCCAGUUCUCGUGACUACUUGGAUGCACAAAGAGCAUUUCCAAGAUCACGCCAAGCAAGUGAAGAUGAAGCAAGUGCAAGAAUAGCUUCUUCAUCAGCACCUUUAUCAGUUUUGUUUAUGCCAUCAUUAAAAGAGGCUGUUGGUGAUGACUCAGAAGGAUCAAUGUUGCGUGCUGUUAGAAAUUCACUUGUAAAUAUGGAGCUGAUGAAGCCUGGAUCAGCUGAUCUCCUGGUUAGGAGUUUGCUUCAGCGUCUAUCAAGUUCAAAGGAACCUUCAAUGAAAGAUCUACAGGAGUUAGCAUCUCGGCUGUUCUCUAAGGGCAAGGCAGCACCUGAAGAAACACAAAAUGCAACUGCAGAAGCUGAAAACAGGAAGAAGCAACAAAAUAAGGAGUACAAUUCAAAUGCCAAUUUAAGCCCUCUUGCGAGGUUUCUACUCUCAAGAUGGCAAAGCCAAGUUUCACAUCCAACAUAAAGGGGUUGGACUUUGGAGUUGGAAUUAUAACUUUGUUUUGUAGCGUGUUUUGUUUUGUUUUGUGCAUUCUUUGAGAUUUGAUGUACAUAUCAUUGUAAGAAAUUGUGCAUUUGAUAUCUAUUUUAUUUUUUAUAUAUAUUACUAUAAUUAUUUUUUA